AUGGCAAACGCAAACAAGGCGGAUUACAUUAAACAAGUAACUAAUACAACAGAGAUUGAUAAUUAUUUGAACGAUAAGAAAUUGACUGUUGUCCAGUAUACGUCAAAACAUUGUUCUAAAUGCAAAGCAAUAGCGUCACAUAUUCAGAAUUUAGCAAAACAACAUGCCGAAGUUGCAGUAUUUAUUAGUGUUGACGUGAAUGAAUUAAUGUCCUUCGCUGCAAAAAAAGACAUCAGCAUCCUCCCCACAUUUCAAUUCUACCGUUCAAACACCCUCCUGUCCACAUUCAUCGACAGAUCUAUUCCCACUAGCGCUGAUAAUAAUGAACGUGGAAACUUUGCCCUGUCGAUCACCAAUCUUGUAAACUUGUUUUUGAGCAAGUAUAAUCCCGGGUGCAAUAAAAUUACGGAUGAUUUGGCGUUUUCGGCGCAGAUUGCCGAAGAGUGGAUCCCGCGAUUGGCAUAUGUUGGGUUUCGUGCGGUUAUCGAUUUGAGUUGUGAGGGUGAAGAUGGUCAUUUAUCGAAUGAAAAAUAUUUAUUGAGUGAAAAAGGACUUGAAUAUGUUCACUUUCCAAUCUCGGCAGUAACACAAAUUCCACCGUCUACAUUCGCAAAACUGACAAACUACAUAACUACACUACCAAAACCAUUACUCGUACAUUCGCGUGUCGGAUUACACGCAUCGAUCGUGUUACUAGCUUACGCGGCGAAAGAGUACGGAUCGACGCCACAAGAUGUUAUUGGUUGGGGUCGUGAUUUUGGGUAUGAUUAUGAAGGAUUGCCUGAAGUUGUAAUUAUUGGGUCUGGUCCGGCUGGACAUACGGCCGCACUGUAUUUAUCACGCGCGACUUUGAAACCCGUUAUGUAUGAAGGAUUUUUGGCUAAUGGUAUUGCUGCUGGUGGACAGCUAACAACAACUACCGACGUCGAGAAUUAUCCCGGCUUCCCGGAUGGCAUCGGUGGCAUGGAAAUGAUGCAAAAAUUCCGUCAGCAGAGUGAACGAUUCGGCACGAAAAUAAUCACAGAGACUAUAGCGAAAGUGGAUUUCUCGUCAAAGCCGUUCAAGUAUUGGUGCGAGGGUAAAGAGAACGAGGGACCGGACACCGCGGAUGCUGUUGUUGUGGCGACUGGUGCGGCGGCAAAGAGAUUGAAUUUGCCCGGGGAGGAUAAGUAUUGGCAGAAAGGGAUUUCUGCGUGUGCUGUUUGUGAUGGCGCCGUCCCAAUAUUUCGAAACAAACCAUUAGCAGUGAUAGGCGGAGGCGACUCCGCCGCCGAAGAAGCAAUCUUCCUCACAAAAUACGGAUCACACGUCUUUGUAAUUGUACGCCGUGACAAACUCCGUGCAUCAAAAGUAAUGGCCAACCGACUCCUCUCCAACCCAAAAGUCACCGUAAUCUGGGAACACAUCCCGAUCGAAGCAAAGGGCGACGGUAAACUCUUAAAAUCCAUCCAACUAAAAAAUACAAAAACCGGCCAGGAGCGUGAACUCUCAGUUAACGGCUUAUUUUACGCGAUUGGUCAUACACCCGCCACGAAAUUGGUCGAAGGGCAAUUAGUACUCGAUGAGGAGAAGUAUAUUGUCACACAGCCAGAUAGUACUGUGACGAGUGUUGAGGGGGUGUUCGCGGCGGGAGAUGUUCAAGAUAAAAAGUAUCGGCAAGCGGUUACUAGUGCUGGGUCGGGGUGUAUGGCCGCGUUGGAGUGUGAGAGGUGGUUGAGUGAAAAGUUGGGAGAAUAG